AUGUCCCCUUCUGCAAUCACAGACUCCCCGCCACAGACCGCCGCCUAUCCGGCAUCGACUGACCUCGGCGAUGGCCUUGCAGUGCAGCAUCCGCCGCCCAACUUCCGGGGCUACGACCACGUAACCUGGUGGGUGGGCAAUGCGAAGCAGGCUGCUUCUUACUACAAUAACCUCUUUGGGUUCAAGACCGUCGCGUACAAGGGACUCGAGACUGGCAGCAGGUACAUCUCAUCAUACGCCAUCGCCAACAACGACGUCCGCUUCGUCUUCACAUCCCCCGUGAGGUCUUCCGCCCACCUGCCCGAGGAUGAGCCCAUCUCUGACGCGGAGCGCAAGCUCCUGCGUGAGAUUCAUGCCCACCUCGAAAAGCAUGGCGACGCCGUGAAGGACGUCGCUUUUGAGGUCGACAACGUCGAGGGCGUGUACAACAAAGCUGUCCAGGAAGGCGCUCAGUCGAUCCAGCCCCCUCUCGUCCUUGCCGACCCUGACCAUGGCGAUGUGUUGACGGCCGUCAUCUGCACCUACGGCGAUACCACCCACACCCUUAUUUCUAGGGGUAACUACAAGGGACCAUUCCUUCCUGGCUUCCGCGCCGCAAAGCCAUCGACUUCCUCCAUUACCCUACCUGUGGCCCCCUUGGCCCGCAUCGACCACUGCGUUGGCAACCAGUCCUGGAAUGAAAUGGUCACAGCGUGUGCCUUUUAUGAGCAAUGCCUUUCCUUCCACCGCUUCUGGUCUGUGGACGACUCUCAGAUUUGCACAGAAUUCUCCGCUUUGAACUCCAUCGUAAUGUCGUCAGCCAACAACCUCGUCAAAAUGCCCAUCAACGAGCCGGCUCCCGGCAAGAAGAAAUCGCAAAUUGAGGAAUACGUCGUGUUCAAUUCGGGGCCAGGUGUGCAACACAUUGCCCUACUUACUCCGAACAUCAUCGAAACCGUGUCAGCAAUGCGUGCCCGCGGUGUAGAGUUCAUCGCCGUUCCUUCCACAUAUUACGAUACCAUGCGCCAUCGACUCAAGACGGAGAAACGUAACUGGGAGCUCAAGGAGGACCUGACCACCAUCGAGGCCCUCAACAUUCUCAUCGACUACGACGAGCAGGGCUAUCUAUUGCAAUUAUUCACCAAGCCGCUGAUGGAUCGGCCUACUGUCUUCAUUGAGAUCAUUCAGCGCAACCACUUUGAGGGCUUCGGCGCCGGUAACUUCAAAAGUCUGUUCGAAGCAAUUGAGCGCGAGCAGGCCGAGCGUGGCAACUUGUAA